CCGCGCGGAGGACCUUCCCCUUGAGCCAAUCGCAACGCGGGGCUGCCCGGCGCCGCGCCGGUGUGGGCAGUGCUCAGGCGCCGCGUAGGGCCGCCGUGGCGGUGUCAUUGCGAGGGGACGAUGUCUCACUGCAGCGCCGCGGCCGCCCGCCUCCUGGGCCGCUUCCUCCGCCGUGAGUACCGGCCCACGUCCCUCAACGGCGCUCCGGGGCCUUCCCCGCUGCUUGGCAACCGGCUCCCCCCGCGGCCGCCGCUCCGGGUGCACCAGAAUGGAGUACGGCACUGCUCUUACUCAGCAUCAAGGAAAAAUCUGUAUAUUAACAAAAACACAAAGGUUAUUUGUCAGGGUUUUACAGGCAAGCAGGGCACCUUUCACAGCCAACAGGCAUUGGAGUACGGCACCAAUCUAGUUGGAGGAGUUUCUCCAGGGAAAGGUGGAAAAACACAUCUGGGUCUGCCUGUGUUUAAUUCUGUGAAGGAGGCCAAAGAACAGACUGGUGCUUCUGCCACGGUUAUAUAUGUACCUCCUCCAUUUGCUGCUGCUGCGAUCAAUGAAGCAAUCGAUGCAGAAAUGCCCCUGGUUGUUUGCAUUACUGAAGGGAUUCCCCAGCAGGACAUGGUUCGGGUUAAACACAGACUGCUUCGCCAGAAUAAUACUCGACUUGUAGGCCCAAACUGCCCUGGUGUCAUCAAUCCUGGAGAGUGUAAAAUCGGUAUCAUGCCUGGUCACAUUCACAAAAAAGGAAGAAUUGGUAUCGUGUCAAGAUCUGGAACCCUGACCUAUGAAGCUGUUCAUCAGACAACGCAAGUUGGAUUGGGGCAGUCCUUCUGUGUUGGGAUUGGAGGUGAUCCUUUCAAUGGAACUAAUUUUAUUGACUGUCUUGAUGUCUUCCUGAAAGAUCCUCAUACUGAGGGGAUCAUAUUGAUUGGGGAAAUUGGAGGAAAUGCUGAAGAAGAUGCAGCAGCUUUCUUGAAGGAAAAUAAUUCUGGUCCAAAUGCCAAGCCAGUAGUGUCAUUCAUUGCUGGUCUCACUGCUCCUCCAGGCAGACGGAUGGGUCAUGCUGGAGCAAUCAUUGCUGGUGGAAAGGGUGGAGCUAAAGAGAAGAUAGCUGCUCUUCAGAGCGCUGGUGUCAUUGUCAGCAUGUCCCCUGCUCAGUUAGGCAGCACCAUCUACAAGGAGUUUGAGAAAAGGAAAUUGCUGUAAGAGAAGAUACUUUGGAAUACUGUCUCCAAAACAUCAGUGCAGCACCUGACCUCUGCUUAUCUUCUGUUUGCUAAUCUUCAGUUGCCCAAAUGACUGACACUGGUCAUGGAGUUUGACUUGGAAGCCAUAAACCUUUUGGCUAAACCUGUUUUGAUGUCUCCUCGUUUCAGACGUGAUCACUGCACUGUAAAUCACAGCAAAUUAAUAAAUCUACUACUAAACCUGAUUCAUCUUCUUGAAUUCCUGAAGCAGAACCGUUUCUUCAGCCAUCAUAAAGAAACUAAUCAGCCUUGAAUCUUUUGUAACUUAAGCACUGCCCAGUUUAAGGUAAAGUCGCUUAUAGAGAUGCUUUUAAAGGUCAAGGCACUGACUUUUUAUGCACAUAAGACAGUUUGCUUUAUUUUUAAAGAUCUUUUACUUGUUUGUUGCUGACAAGUAUGUUUCAACAAUAGGCCAAAGUUUCCGUCCGCUAAACCAAAGCUGCUGGAUCUGAAGGGGUUGCUUGUUGAUCCAUGUAGCUGGGUAUGACUCCAGUCCAGACUUUUCAAGGCUGAGCUGUGCACAGUGUAGUCCUCUACUGACACAUAACUCUGUUGUAUGGAGAGGUGGAAUUUUUAUUCAGAAAAAUGAGUCUAAUUUCCCAUGCGAAUAUGUAUAUUCACAGUUGUAACUAUGAAAAUGGUUUGUUCUUUGGCUUACAUUACCUUGCUUUCCUCUUUAACCUGAGCUAGGAUUGCAUUGUUUGCGUGUUCUGAAAUCCCAGUAAUGCUGGGACACAUUGGACAAGAUUGAGUAAUCUCUGAAAAAGAAUGUAGUAAGUUAUCUUACUUGUUAACCACUCCAAGCACUGUAAUGGAAAGCCCUUUUUUACUUUGGAGAUAGCCCAAACACAGUGCCUAUAAAUUAGUGUUGUAAGCUUUAUCAGGAUGGGCUAAACCCAAGAUUGCUUUCUUUAUAUAAAAAUCCCUGUAACCUGGCACUUGUCUAAAGCUAACCUUGUGUUCCAUAAAGGUGCUGUUACAAAA